GAAGGAUAAAGCUAAGCGCCGUGCAGGGAGUGCUUCGUCGCGUGGCAUGUGGCGUCACGCGCGGGCCAGCGUGUGCUGCGAGCUGAUUGGUCGCGGCGGUGCAGAGCGAGCGGAGCCGCGCGAGGAGGGGCGGGUGGGACGGGAUGGCUGGGGGUCCUCCGGGACGGGGCUGAGCGGGGCGGGGAGCGGCAGCCCUGCGGCAGGGCCUGAUUUGCAGGUAUCAGUGAGGUUAACGUUUGAACUGAGUGAAACUGGUCCGGAGCUGAAGGAUGGCAGCGAAUCCCUCGGGACAAGGUUUCCAGAAUAAAAAUAGGGUUGCAAUCCUGGCAGAACUAGACAAGGAGAAGAGAAAAUUACUUAUGCAAAACCAGUCUUCCACAAAUCACCCUGGAGCCAGCAUUGCACUUGCACGAUCACCUCUAAACAAGGAUUUCCGUGACCAUGCUGAGCAACAGCACAUUGCAGCUCAGCAGAAGGCUGCACUGCAGCAUGCGCAUGCACAUUCCUCAGGAUACUUCAUAACUCAAGACUCUGCAUUUGGAAAUCUUAUUCUUCCUGUCUUACCUCGACUUGAAGCAGAAUGAGUGAUGCUGUUUCUCAGAACUGUGGAGUCGGAUUCUAGCCAUAGCAGGAUUGCCUGAUCUUUCAAUUCCUUUAUUUUUGACUCUUAAAUCCUAUCUGAUUCGGGAUUCUUGUGGUUGCCUUUGGAAGUGCAAGCUCAACUAAUGAAAAAGCAGUGUUCUUGAACAGAGGUUUUAUUCUGUAUUUCAGGCUGAGGUCAAACAUAAGACCUCCUUGGUGUGUCAAGUGCAUGGUGCUUGCUCAUUUCUUCCUUUUUAAAUAAAUGUCCAAACCAGAGUCAUCCAGAGAUGUACACAAUAAUAAAAAUCAUAAGUGCUAACCAAGUAUGCAAGUACCACUUUUUCUACUUUGAUGAAAAAGAAAGUCACUUUUUUCUGUCAAAGCAGACAUGAAUUUAUUAUGCACGUCAGUAAGUCACCUUUUUUUAAUUGACAUGCAGGAACAUUACUGGUAUAAUGCUGUUUGCUGUUACAACAUUAUGUGGUCUUCACAAGUCCUUUGUUGUAGUGUACCUACCUCUUUAUUUUGUGAACUAUGAAAAUGAAUUAAAAUCACCAAGAAGAGCAGAAAAAACAAUUGUUUCAAGCAGUCUUUCAAUAAAAGAAUCCUCUAAUUUCA